AUGGGGGACAUAAAAGUGUAUGUUGAUUUUUGGGAGAUGGAGCCGCCGGAUAGCGAUUUGUUUGGAACACACUCCGACAAGGAGUUCCCAAGAGGAGACGAACUAGAGUUUUUAGACGAUGAUUCAGAGGUUGAUGAAGAUAGGCCUCAAGAUAAGAGGAUAGCAGAGCUGUCACGAGAAGAUAUCUUACAACUUGAGUUUUCAAAUGAGGAUGCUGUUUAUCGAUUCUACAAGACUUAUGCAAUGCUGCAUGGCUCAAGAAAGGAAGAGGUUGAAAAGGACGAAAGAAUCAGGGACCACCGACCCCUAACUCGAAGUUGUUGCCGUGCAAGAAUUCGUUCAAGACUAGAUAGAAAAAUUCAUAAAUGGAAGGUUGUUUCGUACUACGAAGAGCACUCUCAUGGAUUAGUUGAUCCACUCGACGUUAGCAUGAUGCCUGAGUAUCACACAUUCAGUGUCUCAGAUGAAGCUCAGGCGAAGAAUUUGCACGACAUAGGCAUCAUGACCUGUCACAUCUUGGGAUACUUGGCUGCUCAAAAAGGUGGAUAUGCAAACUUGUCAUUCAACCAAAAGGAUAUGUACAACCUCAUUACUCAACAAAGGAAGAAAAAGGUGAUGAAGGGUGGUGAUGAAGGGUGGUGA